AUGGGCGGGGGAGAUAUUUUUCCUGAUUUAAUCACUGAUAGUAAUGGCCGAAGAUUUCUAAAAAUGGAUGUGCCGCCUCAUUCGGCUGGCUCCGGCUCUUGUCCUUACAAAUCAGGAGUUAAAAUGCCAAAGGGAGUUCAAUAUGAAUAUAGAGUUAGGAUUAUGAAUGGAAGAGAUGGUUUUAAUUUAACUGCCAAAGAUGAAGAAUGUUAUGCUUUUAUAAUUCAACAAGGAGCUGUUUUUACCUUACAAACAAUUGGAACUUUUGAAAUAGAAAGAAUUGUAGGUGAUCCGCCAGGAAUGCCUAACGACAACAUUCUUCCAGCCACUGGAGUUGAUCCAGCUCAACGCCCCACUAAUCCUUUCCGAACAAAUAACAUAGGUGAUCCUAAUAGUAAUUUAAGAACAGUUGGUGGAAUUGAUAUUGAUACUAGUCAAGACCCCGAUCCAACUCAAGAUCCUGAUAAACCAACCGACCCCGACUUACCACCUGAUAUUUCUCCUGAUGAUCCGCCAGAUGACCCCGAUUAA